AUGCCCUCGGAGGAGAGACGGCCCAGCCGAAGCCAGUGCAGGGCGCCAGCCCAGGGCUUGGCCCUCCCUGCCCUGCAGUCUGGCUCCGAGACCGCUUCUGGCUUCCAGCCGCCUCCACCCAGUCGCGCCAGCCAUCUCCAAGUUGCCGGGCCUCUCCUGGGGACCGUCCGAGACCUCUCUCCAGACGCCCCCUGGUGCCCAGCUCACCCCGCCCGGGUGCUGGGCGUCUCCUCCUUUCUGAAGACUGCAAAGUCUCUGGAGUCGAUCAACUCUAGGCUCCAGCUUGUUAUGAAAAGUGGAAAGUACAAGCAGAGUCUGAGGACAAUCAGACAAGGUAAGGCCAAAUUGGUCAUCCCCACCAACUACCCAGCUUUAAGGAAAUUGGAAAUAGAAUACUAUGCCAUGUUGGCCAAAACUGCUGUCCAUCAUCACUACAGUGGCAAUAGUACUGAAUUGGGCACAGCAUUCGGAAAGAAUUACAGAGUCUGCACACUGGUUAUCACUGAUCCAGGUGAUUCUGAUAUUAUUAGAAGCAUGCCAGAGCAGACUGGUGAAAAGUAA